AUGCUGCGAAAUUUAGAUAUCUUUCCAAAACUCAAGGAUGGUACGACUGUUAAGACAACAUUAGGUGGAAUCAUAUCAAUAUUUUCGUUAGUGUUCCUUAUAUAUAACUUCCGUCUUGAAUAUAAAAAUUAUAAAGAAAUUGAAUCGUUUUUGCAAUUAUCAUCUAACGAAAUCCAGCUUCCAAGUAAAUUACCAUUCGAAAUCGACUUAUAUGUUUGGAAUGAUUGUGCAAAUCUUCACUUAGAUUUCUUGAAUUUGAAAAGAACCGACUAUUUAGAUGUAAACGUCACAUCAAAAGACUUCAAACAAAUAGAAAAUUUCUGUUACAUUAAUGCUCGCGGAAUUAUUCCAACAACUCCUGGAAGUAUCCAUAUUGGUUUUGGAGAAAAUGUUAAGUUCUAUCAAAAAGGGCAUUCGCAUCAAUAUUUAACUAUCAAAAAUACGAAUUUAUCACACAGAAUAAGACUUUUCACUUUUGGAAAUUUUUCCAUUGAAUCACCAUUGUACAGACACGCCGUAAACAUCUUUAAACCUGAUGUUUACAUGCUUAAGUAUGAUUUACAGCUAAUUCCGAUCGAAUCCAAAAAUGAAAUCGGAUUUCAAAUUUUAGCAGAUUUCAGCAAGUCAAAAAUGGAGAAAAUCAUGUCAAAAGGAAUCUCAGGUAUAGUUUUUGACUACAAUUUCUCUCCUUUACAACUUUCAUCAAAAGCUAAAUAUAAUCCAAGAAUUAUUACGAUAAGCCGUGUUCUCGGACUGUUUGGUAGCUUUUUUGUUCUCAUCAGAUGGCUAGAUACUAUUGUUUUUACUAUCUCUGGCUAUAUCCAGAAAUGCAGGAAGCAUUAA